AUGGUCACAAUCACUGCGUUACCAGAUGAUUUGCUGCUUAAGAUCUUAUCGUUUCUUCCAUCAAAAGCUGCUGUGUCCACAAGCAUCUUGUCAAAACAAUGGGAGUUUCUUUGGAUGUGGGUUCCUAAACUUGAGUACGAUAGUGGAUAUGAUGAAGAAGAAGAAGAACCUGGAAUUAAGGAGUUUAUUGACAAGAAUCUGCCAUUACAUAGAGCUCCUGUCAUAGAAAGCUUGACUCUCUAUUUCGGUAAGUUUAGUGCCAACCACGUUAAACCUGAAGAUCUAAACCUGUGGGUUGAGAUUGCAGUUUCUCGCAGUGUACGUGAGCUGGAAAUUUAUUAUCAUCUUUCAAAUGGUGGAAACAUAUUUCCGAGCAGCUUUUAUACCUGCAAAUCGCUCGUGAUCUUGGAGCUCAGAGGCCUGAUUUUCAUGGAUGUUGUUCCCUCAAUGGUUUCUCUUCCCUCUUUGAAAACUUUGAUACUCGUAUUCGUGAAUCUCAUGGAUGUUCCUUCAAUGGUGUCCCUUCCCUCUCUGAAAACUCUGCAACUUGACAAUGUUAGAUACCAAGGUAAAGAUUCUCUUCAAAAGCUGUUAUCUAGUUGUCCGGUUCUUGAAGACCUAUCGGUGGAUUGUCUUUGUGACCAGAGUCUGAAAGAGUUCACUAUCAUCGUCCCGUCUUUGCAGAGUUUAUCACUCCUUAUAUAUCAUGUAGAUGGGUAUAUGAUAGAUACUCCUUCUUUAAAGUAUUUCAAACUUGUGAAUUAUUCGGGAAACAUCGAGAUUAAGAAUAUGCCUAUGUUGAGGGAAGCAUAUCUUGAUGUUUUAUUCUAUAAUCUCAAGAGUGUUGUUAAAUCAAUCACAUCUGUCAAGCGUCUUACUAUAUGUUCAGAGGAUGUUGUUUAUGAUGAUGGUUUUGUUUUCAAGGAGCUUGAACAUCUGAAGAUAUGUGGGUGCCACAAGAAUUCGUCAAUUCUCCUUACCCGGUUGCUCCAUGAUUCUCCUAACUUACGAGUACUAGACAUCUCUUACUUCAAAGUUCAUGGGUGUAAUGAUAUGGUUCCCUGGAAUCAACCAAGUCAUGUUCCUAAAUGCUUGUUGUCGAGUCUACAGUUUUUCAAAUGGUCACAAUACUUUGGGAGGCCACAAGAUAGAGACAUUGCGGUUUACAUCUUGAAAAACGCUUGCCGCUUAAAGACGGUAACAAUCUUGGCUGAUACAAAGAAACAUGGUGUUUCAAACCUUAGCAUGAUCAAGGAGUUGACACUUUCUUCCCGGGCUUCAAGCACAUGCGAGCUUGUGUUUGUUGAGUGGCAUCAUGUUGUGUUAGAUGAGUCUUCCACAGAAGAGUCUUCGGACGACGAAAUAGUUUGA